GGUGGUGGCAUGUAUUGAUCUGAGGGGAGUGUACAACACGCUUAGCUUAGUCUGUUAGUUUCCUUGCCUGUCUGUGGCUGUCUGUCUAUCCUUCCGGCUGUCUUGUAUUACAAAAGGGUUGUAGUGUGCGGCAGCGAUGGUGAAGCUGGGAGUGAAGGUGAAAGGCUCACCAUGCAAGGAGAAGAAACCUGAGGUGGUGCUGAAGGAGGUGGUGACGGGGGAGGAUGUUAAGACUCCACUCCUGCCAGAAGGGGUCCGCCAGCGGAGGAACAAGAAGGAGCAGCCGAGGUAUAUACCCACAGACUGGGACGACUCACUACCUUAUGGAGGCAAGGUAUAUCUGGCCAGGAAGAAGCUACCAGACUCUUGGCUCUGCGUCUUCUUGCAGGUGCUGGUUGUAGCAGGUGCACUAGGGCUGCUCUACUAUGGGUUGUACUACACUGAGCACAUGCAUUACCACAUCGUCAAGGCUUAUGCUCACCUGGGCUACAAGGAUGCUCAGGCCACUGUCGGUCACAAACUUCUUAAUGGUAAGGGUGUGGAGGUCAACCACACUGCAGCCAUGGAGUGGUUCAAGAUGGCUGCUGACCAGGGUCAUCCUGAAGCCUCAUACAACAUCGCCGUGGGCCACCUCCAGGGACAUCCUACAGGCCUCGAGCCAGGCGAUGCUCACAAGCUGAUCCAGCACGCCGCUUCACAUGGAGUGCCUGAAGCAGUAGAGGUGCUGGAGAAAAUCUGUUCUAGAGGGCACUGUGAUGUCUGAAUCAUAUGGGUGCGUAUAUAUGUGCGUAUACAUGAACGUGCAGUGUGACCUAAGUGUAAGUAGAAGUAGGAAAUUAUACCUGUUAUCCCAUGUGUUUUGUGACAGAAAAAAGACACCAGGUUUCCAUUUCACACUCGGCAGGACAGUGCAGUAUACCAACCUACUACCCAGGUACCUCACCAGUAACUAAAUAAAAAAUAUUAGCACCCGGUCAUACAUUUAAUGAAAUACAAUUAUAUUUGACCUGGUAUUUCCUGAACUUAGUGUUUUUCAUGAUGGUAAUUUCAUUACACACCAUUUUCAAAAAUGUAUACAUAAUCAGUCUCUGCAGAAAAAAAAUUUGCUGCAAAAAGUUUGGGAAAGGAUAAAUAAAACAUGCAGCAUAAAAAAAAUGUUAGGAACUCAGAAAAUACAAAACAUCAAUGUCUGGUCAUUUGACCUGCAACUUUCAUUACCCAUUAAAUCCUUUCUGUUUGGCACUCUGGGGAUGGGAAACUUUUUUUUGUGUGUUCCAUGCCAAAGAUUUUUUGCCGAGAUUGCACAUAACUCGUGUUUGUAAUUACACUUGAUUUAGAGUAUGUGAUCCUAUUUUGCAGUAGCAAUAACUAACAGAGUACAAGCACCAGAUAAUAUUAAAUGUUUCAACUUCAAUGCAGUGAAAAAUGAAAGUCAAAAAUAAUUACAUUUUGUAUUUAUAUAUAUCAUUUAUGAAAUUUAUGAUAAAAAUUAUACAUGAGGUUCCUUAGCACUAAACUACUUACAUUAUAAGUUUCUUUAAAUAUAUCAAGUAUGUUCCUCUUUAACCCUUAAACUGUCCAAAUGUAGAUCUACGUUUUUUCAACAUUUGAAAGUAUGUAAAAAAAUGUAGGGCUUCUUUUUCUUUUUUUACAUUUGAAAACGUGUAAAAAAAACUUUGAUGAACAUUUUUGUUGUUAUAUUUGAAAAUGUUAAAAAACGUAGAUCUACUUUUGGAGCACUAUGCAUGUGAACGUAGAUCUGUUUGGACACUUUAAGGGUUAAAAGUAAGCUCUAAAAAACAGAAACAGUAUGUGAAAAGAUGGGAUGCCUGUUAUGGAUAGAAGUAAAUAUAUGAUCACAAUGAGAAAUGACAGGAAAUAAUACUGAGAAAUAUUGAAUACCGAUAACAAAUAAUACAUCACUUGUCAGCAAAUCUUAAAAAAAAAGAUAAUUAAUAUGUUGUCAUGCUGUGAGGCUCUUACCAUAUACAGUUAAUAUACAGUACCCUGCAAUUAUUUAUUACAUAAAUA